AUUUUUUUUAGUUUAAGUAUUGUUUUGUGUAGUUUAUAUUUAGUGCGUGUUAAUUAUCCUACGUUAAGUUUAGUAGUAGUAAGACUUUCAUAUUAAAAUUCAUUUACGCAUUGCUGGUAUCAAAAUGUCAGUGAACACUUCAGUACAAACUCCGGGCCCAUCUGGAAUCAAAUUAAUUACACGACAAGAAUUAUUCGACAUAAUGCAGACGCACAAAGAUAAAAAUAUUAGUCAGAAACUGGAAUGUCUCGAACAGUUUUUAUUAAAUCAACAGAAUUACACAGAAGAAGAACGUCAAGCAUUCAAGCGUAAAAUCUCCCAUACAAAAUCGCAGUUUAAACGUAGAUGGUUGUCUGCGCGUUAUAAGGAAGAUUUAUUUAAAAAACAGAAUGAAAAGUGGCUUCAGGGAACAAUGGAAAUUCUCACAUCUCAAAGCAGACAAUCACAAUCAACAAAAUCUUUUACAGAUUUAUCUGAACGCAGCAAGCGAAGAAGAACAGAAGAUCUUCGAGAAAAUACCAGCGUAGAAAAAUUAAUAUUUGCUACUCAAUCAAAGUUAAGAACUUCUGGCCUGGUAGAUGCUUCAGUUGUACUAAAGGAAAUGGUUAAAUCUCCUAAGCGUGCUACAAAAUACAGGAAAAUUUAUUCUAGUAACGUACAGAAAGAAGAAAAACAACUAUCAAAUAUGCAAGCUCUGUCUUUAUUUGUUGAAGCAAGACUAUCCAGAGAACAAUACAAUAUAAUUAGAAUGAGUGAUAAAAAAUUAUUUCCCUGUUACAGUUUACUUCAGAAAGCUAAGAAGGACUGUUAUCCUGUUCGUGAAGCAUAUAUUGUAACAGAAAAUCAUGCUGAAGUAAAUCUGCAAGAUGUGUUGAAUCACACGGCAACUCGUCUUUUAUUAUAUUUAAAAGAAGUAGUGAAUAAUUUAAGUGAUAGCGAUACCAGUUCAUUACAAUUAAUAAGUAAAUGGGGAUGCGAUGGGUCACAACAAACGCAGUACAAACAAAGAUUUUUAAUAAGUACUGGUUCCGACUCACAUAUAUUCCAAAGUUCAUUUGUACCGUUACAAUUAAUUUCUUCUACAACUAAAAAAGUAAUUUGGCAAAAUCCGACACCAUCCUCCCCCAGAUAUUGCCGACCGAUACGAAUCAGAUUUAUAAAGGAAUCCGUAGACGUAACCAACGAAGAAAUAGAUUAUAUGAAGACCAAAAUAAAUGAAUUAAAAGAAACAGAAAUCGAAGGAAACACAAAUAUUUCGAUAAAACAUGUUUUAUUAUUUACGAUGAUCGACGGCAAAGUAUGUAAUGCUGCUAUGAGCAUAAACUCCACAAUGAAGUGUUUUGUAUGUGGUAUAACUUCAAAAGACUUCAAUAAUUUAACAAAAAAACCAAUAGUAAACCCAAACUCACUGCAAUUUGGUUUAUCUAUUUUACAUGCAAAAAUCAGACUUUUUGAGAACCUUUUACACAUAUCUUACAAAUUAACAAUCAAAAAGUGGCAAAUAAAAAGUAAAGAUGAAAAGUAUGCAGUGGAACAAAGAAAAAAAUACAUUCAGGAAGAAUUCAAAACUAAAAUGGGAAUAAUAAUAGACAGACCAAAACCUGGUUUUGGGAAUUCGAAUGACGGAAACACUAGCCGCAGAUUUUUCGCAAAUCACGAACUGUCAGCUGAAAUAACGGGGAUUGAUGUUACAUUAAUAUAUCAAUUUAAAAUAAUAUUGCAAGUAAUAUCAAGCAAUCAGAAAAUUAAUAUAGAAAAAUUUGAAGCAUAUGCCAUGGACACAGCAAAACUGUACAUUCGAUUAUAUCCAUGGCACCCAAUGACUCCCACUACACACAAAAUUUUAAUACACGGUCCGGUCAUUAUUGAGAAUGCCAUGUUGCCGAUCGGACAACUCUCCGAAGAAGCAGCUGAAGCCAGAAAUAAACAUUUCCGUAUAUAUAGAGAAAAUUAUUCCAGAAAAUUUUCUAGAGAAGCAUGUAACGAAGAUGUGAUUAAUAGACUUUUGCUCACUUCCGAUCCAUAUUUAACAAGCAUACGAAAAACCCCCCAAAAAAGAACACAGCCAUUUCUAAAAGAAACAAUAAAGGGUCUAGCCGUAUAAGCAUAGUGA